GAGGAGGGGAAAAAAAAAAAAAAAAAAAAAAAAAAAUGAAACAAAACAAAGCCCAGCAAGGGAAACCGUUCUCCUGUCGGCUCCCACGAGAACCUGUGCCUUGCUCUCCGGAACAGCCGUAAAAUCGCAGGGAAAACAAAGCUGGGAGCGUUCACUCUCCCUCCACAAGUAUGGCAACAUCUGCGCAAUAUAGACAGCUUAUAAAUGACUACGGACCCCCAUCUCUAGGCUAUACACAAGGGAUGCAGGGUACCAGCAGCAGUCAAGUACCGCAAAGCAAAUAUGCAGAACUUCUAGCCAUCAUAGAAGAAUUAGGAAAAGAGAUUAGACCCACGUAUGCUGGGAGUAAAAGUGCGAUGGAGAGGCUAAAAAGAGGCAUUAUUCAUGCUAGAGGAUUAGUUCGGGAAUGCUUGGCUGAGACGGAACGAAAUGCAAGAUCCUAGCCCACUAAUUCAGUUGCAAGGUUUUCCAUCUCUUAAUGAAGAAAAAGUAACACUUACUCCUUUUGACUCUUGAAACGUUCAGACAAAUUCCUUUAUUUUGAAUGUUUUACCGUUCUUGGUUUGCCCUUACAAAAAUGUAUAGUUAAGAAUGAGAAAACAAGGGUUUUUCAACUUACUGAGGGUUUGCAUUUUGUAAAGAUGUUAAAACUUCCUAAAAUGUUUCUAAAACAUGAAAACUGAACUGCAUGCAGAGGAAUGCUCUUCUCUUCCAGGCUAUAUUUCAGUUCUCUUCAUAUCCAGCCACAGUCCCAUUCUGUUUUUUUUUUUUCCUUUGACUAUACUCACUUAACCCCAUACUGUCAAUCUUUCAAAGUUUGACAUAAUCUCUAAGGAUUUUUUUAAUAAAUGCAGAAUAGCAUGCUGUACCUAGUAGUCUGCUAAGUCACAAUUUGUCACACAGCAUAGACCCUGCUUAGAAGUAACCUUCCCCUUCUCUUAUUUUUCCUUUUUUUGUUCGUUUUGCAUAAACAUUUGCAUGACUGUUAGUGCUUUGAAGUCCAUUUAAAGUGCAUGAGUUAUAUGGAAAACAGGGAAACCUAUUAAAUAAUAACAAGGUCCUGGAAAGCUAAUUUCUACAUUAAGGCUGGAGAUUUCAGUUUAAAUUUUGCCAAAAAAAGAAAAUUCUGGAUAAAUUACUAAAACUGUUAUUUGCAUCUUUGUAUGUAUUUAUUACUUGACGUAAUAAAGCUUAUUUUCAUUAACAGUUUGUAUU